AGGAGUUUGCCUGGCCACAACGACUCGAUCACCCGCCACAAAUUGAUGGGCUCAUUUAUUCUCAUCAUUGGAGCUUCCAUCAGUCGAGUAAAAGAACUGAACUCUCAGUUGGUAAGUAGUUAACAUCCUCUCACACUAGUCCACCAUGUCUCUCAACCCCAGGUCCAAACAGUGGUACGAGUUGUCUUCCCGCCGAUACCACCGCUACGAUGAUGCCGGCGAUCGGGAAAACCUGGGCAUUCCCUCUAUGAUUGUCGUCCCUCAGAGGUCUGCCGCGUGACAAGCUCCAUGGAACAGAUUUACCGUGAAAUGCCAGCAUCUAUCAAUGAAGAAGGAGACGGAAGUUCCUCCAAACCUUGGCAGGUUGACUUGGCCCGAAAGACGUACACUCAUUCGCGACGCUUUCGACGCACCAAGAGAGUGCAGCCUCCACCACCUCCGCUGGCACCUCCUACUCCGGCAUCUCCACCACCUCCCGUGGCGACAAUUUCCUUUCAGAAGGAAACACCCACCAUGAUGGAAAAGGCUUCUCCCGGACUUCAUGUUCCCAGAACGAGUGGCCGAUGUGAUGGAGACGAUGAAUACCCUUCGGAUGAAGAGUGUGGAUUUGGAGGAGGCUGCGUCAGUCGCAGCAGCAGUAGCCCUAGCAGUAGCUACAUGGGUGAUGAAAGCCCUACCGGUAUGCAAGGUUCCCGCCCUGCCCGAUCCUACCUCUACUUCUACCGUCCUUCCUAAACAACUUCAACAUCAGCAGCAGCAGCAGCGGCGGCGGCGGCAGCGGCAGCAGCAGUAGAGAACAGUCCAAUGGGCCUGUAGACAACUCCCAGGGAAGAAACACCACCAAUCACCACCGUUUAGAUUCCAAAAGAGAAAGAAACGAAAGAAUCAUCUAGGAUUCUCAAACCUCGAGGCACAAUCCACAUUCAUUCCACACAACACAACAAGCUCCAAGCAGAUAGAUGCACACACACCCCACACAGUAACUUGCGCCGCCCUUUUUCGGCAGGCAGCAUACCACUAAAUAAACAUCAUUUCAAUUUACUUAGUCAACCAUAUUACC